AUGGUUCGAGUGACCCAAUUGCUGACAUGGCUCGCUGGAGUCGCGUCGGCAGUGAAUGCCGCUGCCAUUGAGCUUGCUCCAGAGACUCUCGUUGAUCGCGGUCUGGAUGUGUCUGUCGACCUCAGUCUCACUUUCGGCGAAUGCCAUCCUGUCCUUCGCAAACAGGACUUUUGGAUGGAGACGAUCAAGCAUACGGGCAUUUCUCCAUUCCUAAACGACUCCUCAUAUGCCGUUUACCGCAAUGUGAAAGACUUUGGCGCAAAGGGCGAUGGCAAGACCGACGAUACCGCCGCGAUUCAAGCUGCUAUUGACGCUGGUGGACGUUGCCUAUGGGGCUGCGGCCCUGGAGAUCCUCCAGCAAAGACGCUCAAACCCGCCCUCGUCUACUUCCCCUCCGGCACUUACAAGAUCUCGCGCACUCUCAACAGCUACAUCUACACCCAGCUUGUCGGCAACCCGCUGGACAGGCCUGUCCUCAAAGCCGACAAGAACUUCUCCGGCCUAUAUCUCCUUGACACUUUUCCCUCUCCGACCACUUCACCGUUCCCCACAACCAUCAAUCUGUACUACCAAGUCCGCAACUUCGUGUUCGACACCACUAGCGUAGAUGUCAAGUCGUCCGUGGCUUGCGUCAACUGGCCGUCCGCUCAGGCCGUGACGCUGAGCUUCAAUCAUAUGAAGAUGGCCGAGAACAGUCUGCACCAGGGCGUUGUUUUCAACGGAACUACUGGUGGUGGCGGCGGCUCUGCUACUUUCAUGGGAGACCUUGAGUUUACCGGAGGAAAUAUCGGUAUUCGGCUGAACAACCAGCAGUACGCGAUGCGUGCUCUUACAUUCAACAACGUCAAGACGGGAAUCCAGAUCGAUCACAUCUUCACGCUGUCCCUCCAGGGCAUCAAGUUCAACAAUGUCAACGUCGGAGUCAACUUCACCGCUCCGCCCAACAACUCCGUCGGAUCCGUCAUCCUCAUCGACUCCGAAGCCACCUCCACCGACAAGGUCGUCGUUUCGCAACACACAAAGAAUGCCGACGGCUCUCUCAUCAUCGAGAACCUCAAGGUCAACCGCGUUGGCCACGUCGUUGCCGACACCCAGGGCGCUUCCCUUCUUGCGGGCUCGACCCGCUCCACCACGAUCAAAUCCUACAUCCAGGGCACCGUGUACAAGGACGAGACGACCGGCAAGUACCUCGAAACCAGCGGCUCGCUUUCACGGCCCCAGGCUCUGGUCGACUCCAGCGGUGCUUACUGGACAAAAUCGCGUCCUCAGUAUGAGCAGUACAGCUCCGGCUGCUUUUCCAGCGUUCACGACUUUGGUGCCAAGGGCGACGGCAAGACGGAUGCCACAAAGGCCAUCAACGCCGCUCUCAAGGCGAAUGCGAACCGCCGAAUCACGUAUUUCCCUGCUGGAAACUACCGUGUCAGCGGCACUAUCCACGUCCCGGUUGGUUCGCGAAUCGUCGGCGAGGUCUGGUCUACCAUUAGUGCAUACGGAAAGACAUUCGAGGAUGAGAAGAACCCCCAAGUGGUCUUCAAGAUGGGCGAGACCGGCUCCCGCGGCAUCAUCGAAGUGACCGACAUCGCAUUCGACGUGGCCGACGUCCUCCCCGGCGCCAUCCUCGUCGAAAACAAUGCUUCCGGCUUCAAGGCCGGCGACGUCGGCCUCUGGGACUCACACUUCCGUGCCGGCGGCACCAUUGGUUCCGCCGUCGAGACAAAGUGCCGCUCGUAUCCUCAAUCGCCCAUCGACCAGUGCAAAGCCGCCUUCCUGUUUAUGCAUCUCAAGGCCAACAGCCAGACGUACAUGGAGAGCGUCUGGGGCUGGUCGGUGAACCGCGACCUGGACGGGUUGAGCGGUGCCACCAACGGAACCAGCCAGUCUGUUGCUGUAGGACGAGGCCUCCUUGUUGAAUCCAAGCGUGGAACAUGGUUGGUUGGCACUGCGUUUGAGCAUUUCGUGCUGUACCAGUAUCAGUUUGUCGGUGCACAGAAUGUUCACACUUUGAUGGCGCAGACGGAGACUGUGUACUGGCAGCCUGCUCCCGCGGCUCCUGCGCCUUGGACGCCUGACGCGCGCUAUUCGGAUCCGGACUACUCCAACUGCGAUGGAAGCUCAAUCCAGUGCUUCAUGGGCUGGUCUCUCCGCGUCGUUGGCGGAAGCGACAUGACUUUUUACGGCUUGGGCUUUUGGCAAUUCUUCAACGGCCUCGACGGCGUUUCAGGCCCGUAUGCUCAAGACAACAUUGUCUCCAUUGAGGGCCAGCCCAAACGAUUGAAGAUCUAUAACCUCGGCACCCACUUGGUCAAAAACAUGGUGACGGUUGGUGGCAAGGCGGCUGCGCUCAGUGCCGACAACAAGGGUGGCUGGGGUGGUCUUAUUGCGGCCUAUCUGCCUUUUGCGUGA